UGUUCGUUAACCUAUUCAGUAUAUAGCUUCAGCUUGUGGAAACGAGACGAUCUUAAAAAUGAUAGCUCUGCAGCUAAGUUUUUUGCUGGUUAUUCUUCCUGCUUGUCUACAGGCUGCCAGGAUAUUGGCCAUUUUUCCGUUUCCAGGACCAUCGCAGUAUAUUAAUGUGGUGCCCUAUCUAAAGACUUUGGCCUCUCGGGGUCAUCAAGUGACCUCGAUUAAUGCUUUCCCCCAGAAGAAACCAGUGCAUAACUUUAGAGAUAUUCCCAUUCCGGAAGUUUUUGAUAACUAUAAUGAUAUAAUUAAUGAGCUGAACGAUCCCAUGACUGUCUGGGAAGAGAACAAUUUUAUAAACAAAUUCUUUGUUAAUGUCACACGAUCCGUGCUCACCAACAAAGAGGUGACUGAAACCCUUUUGCCUCCUGGAAAGGAUCAUUACGAUUUGAUCAUUGUGGAAGCUCUACGUUCGGAUGCCUAUUAUGGAUUUGCGGCCCACUUUAAUGCCCCAAUAAUAGGCAUUUCGACGUUUGGAACCGACUGGAAUAUUGAUGAGCUUGUUGGCAAUGUAUCGCCUCUGUCGUAUAUUCCUCUAGUAACGGCUGGCCUUACAGAUCGCAUGACUUUCGGGGAGCGUGUGACCAAUUUUGUGGAAACUACGAUUGCCUGGCUAAACUACCGGUUUGUGCAUAUGCCAGAGCAGGAAAAACUUUAUGAGAAAUACUUUCCUGAGGCAUCAAGAAGAGUCCCACUUACCCAAUUGAACAGAAACUUCUCAUUGGUUUUACUCAAUCAUCACUUUUCUUUAAGUUUUCCACGUCCAUACGUUCCAAAUAUGAUCCAAGUCGGAGGUCUACAUAUAUCCCAUAAGCCAGCUCCGUUGCCCAUGGACUUGAAUAACUUUAUUCAAGGAGCCGGAGAGCAGGGUGUGAUCUAUUUUUCCCUGGGAUCUAAUGUUAAGAGCAAGGAUCUACCUGUGGAAAGAAGAGAACUCAUUCUGAAAACCUUUGCAAGUUUGCCGCAUCGUGUGCUUUGGAAAUUUGAGGAUGAUAAGCUUCCUGGCAAGCCAUCAAAUGUUUUCAUUAGCAAAUGGUUUCCUCAACCGGAUAUCCUGGCCCAUCCGAAGGUCAAGCUAUUUAUCACCCAUGGCGGACUGCUGAGCACGAUCGAGAGCAUUCAUCAUGGCAAACCCGUCUUGGGUCUGCCCUUCUUCUACGAUCAGUUCUUGAAUGUCAAGCGAGCUCAGCAGGCAGGCUUUGGAUUGGGACUUGAUCACAAGACGAUGACCCAUGAGGAGUUUAAGGGGACCAUCGAGCGAUUAAUCACGGAGCCGCAAUUUGCUAACACUGCCAGGCAGAUGUCGGAACGAUAUCGGGAUCAACCCAUGUCUCCGUUGGACACGGCAAUCUGGUGGACGGAAUAUGUUUUGCGGCACAAGGGAGCUUAUCACAUGCGAGUGGCAGGUCAGGACUUGGGUUUCUUCGCUUACCAUAGCCUGGAUGUCGUUGGAGCUCUCUUGGGUGGAGCUAUCCUGAUCAUUGCGGUUAGUACGUUUGUCGUGUGGAAAAUAGCAAAACUAGCUGGUUGUGGAAAAACUAAGCUAAAAUUACAAUAAAAAGAGAGAGAAGGGAUGGAGAUUAUAAGUUUGUAAAAUUGAAAAGUCAGUAAAAUAAACGGUGAUUAACGGUGCUGUGUUCAGCUGAUUUCGAUAAAGUA